AUGAUUUUGACCCAUACUUUCACGAUACAAGCUCCAUUCCUGGUAUCACCGCAAAUGCAUCCAAGCUGUACUAAAAUAAUCGGCUUCCUUAGCGAAUAUCUCGCUAUGCUCAACCGCAGGGAUGCUAUGAUCGUUGAGAUCAACAGCCUAGCUGAUUCCCAGGCGCGUGACCGCCUCAGUUCAAUGCAUAAAGCCAUCAUGCUGUCUGGAAUAGUGGGAUCGAGAUCUUUGAGCGCUUUUGCCGUGUAUACAGGUACAACCGCGCUAUACGGUGGAAUGAAGCCGAUGAUGAUUUCUAGCCGUGUACUCUUGUACAUGGUAGUUGCGUAUUAUGGGAUAUGCAACGGGUGCGAUUGUAAUUUGCCGUGUGCCACGACUGUAUAUUUGAGCAUAACGAGGUAUUCGAUAAGGAAGUCGAUUGCUUCAGUAUGGUUGGGGCGUAUUUGUGGUGAUACCAGGUAUUCGAGCUUGUAUCGGGGGAAGCAUGGUCUAGGAUCAUAUUGUAUGGUUCAUAAUACGGCUGUUCAUUUGAUUCGGCAGGAGGGCGUGAGCAGGACCUCUCGUUGUUUUGAGCCAUAUGUAGCGCAUGUAGGGUAA